GGUUCAGACGUAGUGACGUGCAUCGUACUUGGCUCGCAAAAUUCGUGCGUUGAUGCCCACGAACUUUCGUCGGCCGAGUACGAUGCAUCAUCGGAAGAAAUAUCACGCAGCGAGCGAAACCCCGUCCUGGCGAUGGGCCGCAUCAAAUUGAUAUCCAUAUUUGGUCCGCAUCAACAACUUCUUCACCGACAGUUUGCUGUUAUACCUAUGUAGCACCUCCAAGGCUCCAACGUUCGAAGUGAUCAUCAACUGCGACGUUAUUACAACGUUACGCAGGAAUGUUUACUCACCGUUCCUAGUUAGCCAAGCAAAGAAGCGCUCCGGAAAUAUUAUUUGGUUACGGUGACGGCAGGUGACGGCGCAGGGGUAUAUUAGCCUGGGUUGGUUACUCCAGCUAAGCAAAUCCACCAUGCGCAUCCCCACAUCCGUCACGGUGCUCUGCACGCUCAUCGCGUACGCUACCGCACAGUGCAUGGAAUGCGCAUCAUCCGUCACGUACAACGAUGUGGUUUACGCCCUCAAGGAGCAGUGCACAGUGCAUAGCGGGUACCAUUGUUUUUACAGAGGCCCUGACCCCGAAGGAGACUUCUGCGACUGUUAUUACAAUACUACGGGGGAAAUUGAGACCAACGAAUCGACUUACUUCUGCCCCAACGGCUCCUCGAAUUUCAAUACUGCAUGCAGUGGUUGCUGAUGGUGGAUGAAGGAGCUACUAGUGACAGACGCAAUCCACCACAAUGAUCCAGUCGUGUUUGAUUGCUGCCAGAGACACUGUAAUGUAGAACUAAGGUCACUCCAUGCGUUAACAUUGUCAUGACGGAUAGUCAAUUUUUGACGCUGAAUCAGGAUCCGGUGUUGCAUCAGGUAAACAAGUAUCGCAUAAUACAAAGCUACGUACAUUUGAAUCGGAUGAAAAGCUUGUGACGUAGGAAGGUGUUUCCGAUAUAACUUAAACU